AUGCGUGUGUUCGUGGCGGUGUGCCUGUUCCUGGGCACGGCCCUAGCCGGUCAUCACAAGCAUCAUCAUCGAGGUAAGGGCUGGGGUUUGGGUGGUAUGGAUAUGUUGGUCAAAAAGUACAUAGAACUGGAACUUUAUGGUUUUAAUUUGUAUAAAAUGGAUAUCUAUUGGUUCAAAAGUUUAUGGAAUGGCCAUUUCUUUGCCUAAAAGUCUAUUGAAUAGCUAUAAUUUUGAUUCGAAAGUUUAUAGAAUAACUAUUUUUUAAUUUGAAAGUUGAUGAAGGUUUAUGUUAUUGGCCCAAGUGUUCAUAGAAUAGCUUUUUAGGUAUAAAAAAAUGACUUUUUUUAAAUAUUUUUCUGUAAAAUUUACAAAAAAUUUAAAUUUUUUAAGAUUUUGAAAAAUAAAAAAAAAUUGUUUGCGAUAUGUUGACCAAAGUUCUGCUCAAUAUUAUCCAUGAAAUAGUGUCUGUUUUACGAAAGUUUUGUUUUCUUGCACACCUCACUAAGCGGAUACCACUAACUUGUUAUGACGUGAACCAUCACGCCGAUUAUCUCUUUUUACAAUAAUGUUUGUACUUCUUGGCCAACUAUUAACUCGGAACACACAUUGUGCUAAUAAUGGUGUUCUUGGAAAAAUAUUAGUAUGAAAAAUAAAUGACAAUCAAGGCUAGGCGGGGGUAUUGGAGAGUAGAAAGUGGGGUAGAGGGAAUUUUAAGAUUAGAAGGAUUCUUUCUAGUAAUGGUAGGGGAAGAAAAGACUUUUAAAAAAAUUGAUAAAAAAUUCUAGUGUUAAGGCUAAGGCUAGAGCUAAAGUUAACGCUAGAACUAAUAAUUUUUUUUAAUUUAAAAAAAAUUAUUUAAUCAGCCCUAUUAUUGCCAUUUUUAAGCAAAUAUAGUACUGUUAAAGCCAAACGAAAACACAAAAGCUCCUAAUUAACUUAAUUUAGUACUGUGAAAGAAAUUCCAACAUUAGUCUUGUACUUUCUUAGUUAAUUCUAAUAAAAGUAAUGCUAAAAGUGCAUGAGACCUUUACAGAAUCAGCUUGAUAAGGCUCUUAUUGUACUAGUCCUUGCCUUUUUAAAGACAUAGCAUGUGUAGAGAAGAUGAUAAGGGGGUAGAUUAAAAAGAUGCCAAGGCGGCGGGGGGGGGGUGAAUAAAAAGAUAAUUCAGAUUUUUGAUGAACCAAGUGUAUCAAUGAUAAUAUAAUUGUUCCUUCCCAUAAUAAGAUUAGUUUUUUCUGAACUACGUGCCAUUUAUGUUGUUCUAAGAAGCGGAAUGACGUUCAGUGGGAACAAAUUUAAAGUAUCCACUUGAAUGGCAUUACCAUGUACUCGUAUUUGCAAAUGCAAAAAUAGUUUACAUGGUUUUUGAAAUUUGAAGUUUUAAAAAUUAAAUUUAAAAAAAUUUUUAAUUUCAAAAAUAUUUUUUAAAAAAGUGUUGAUUUAGGUAAAAUACGAGACUUUCAAUCGAUUGUUUAAAGCUUCUUAAACUUUCACAGUGAUAAAAUAUAAAAUACUUAAAAUUUAAAAAAUUUAAAUUUAAAAAAAAAUUAAAUUAAAAACAAAAUUAAAUUUUAAAAUUUCAGUGCCAAUCUUGCAACUGAACGGUGCUGAUGAGAUCCUGGGAAGUCUGCGUGAAGAUGAACACGUUGUCGCCGUUUCUCCGCACAUUUCCAUUUUCCCCGAGAGUGGUAAGUUUAUUUUUUCAUGUUAUAAUAAGCUAAAUAUUAGCUGAUUAUAAAGUACAGUAGAAAUCUUGUAGAAUCAUUCACUCGGAAGUUAAGACUUGUUACUGUAUAUUUAUAUUUAACUUUGUUGGGUUUACUGUAUAUUUUUAGUUUUGGAAUAGAGGUAGUGUAAUUUGUAUACUUUUUGAUAGAGAUACUGUAACUUUUCUACUUUUUUUGUCUUACAAUUUUAGUGUAACAUUUUUUUUAAUUUUAUGAUUACUGUAAUUUUCUUGCUCGAAGUUACAUAUAUAUUUGGAUUAUCUUGCUUUGAAACAAAAAAAAAUAUGUAGAAAUCUUACUGUAACCUGUUUAUGUGAGUUGUUAUGCUAUAAAACUACAAUUUUUAAAAUUGUAUACGAUAUAAGUGGUCGUCGGUAAUACAUUUUACUUUUUAUUAAGAAAAUAACAAUUGUAGUUAUGUUGAAAUCAACUAUAAUACAAUUAAUCACAUGUAAAAACAAAAUUGUUUAUUGUAGUUUACAGUAGUAUCAUAAAGCUUUAAAAGCCUAACUACAACUGAAAAAUUUAAAAUUUCAGGACCAGUAUGUAAAUAUGAAUUGACAUCUGACUCCGAAACCGAAAUCCCAUUCUUUGCCGAGAUUGUGGACAAAAACACUGGCAGCGCCGUCAUCAAAGUCAAGGAGAACUUCACGUUGGACUGUUCUCACAGUGAGUUCAACUUGGACAUCACGGCUGUAGGAUGUAACGACGAUAUGGCACGAUCUGAACCGUGAGUCAUUUUGAAAUUUCAAUUUUUUUUUGUAAAAAUAAUUUUAAUUUUAAAAUUUGCCUUGCCUUGCCUUGCCUUGCCUUGCCUUGCCUUGCCUUGCCUUACUCUACUCUACUCUAUACUAUCCAGCCUUACCCUGCACUACCAAAACGUUUCCCUUCUUCUUACACUUGUCAUUAUACUGUGCAUAGUAGUACUUUGUGUUUACAUUACACUGCAAAUCCAUGAAAUAACAAAAACAACUAAUUUACACAAUUCUUGCAGAGCAAGCCUCAAGGUUACGGUAAAAGACACCAACAACCAUGCUCCAGAAUUCGACGCUCCAUGGUAUGCGUUCGAUGUUGUCGAAGGUCAGGUGGCCAAGAACAUUGCCAAAUUGACUACGACUGACAAAGACUGUGGUCAUCCCUAUGGCAAGAUCUGUAGAUACGAGAUCACGAACGCUUUGGAGGGAUUCCCAUUCCAUAUUGAUGAUCAAGGAGUGAUCAGCAACGUGAAGCCUUUGAACCGAUCGGAUUCUGAAUCCCACAUUCUGACCAUCGUAGCUUAUGACUGUGGAAUGCAACGAUCAAAGAGUGCUCUAGUUACCAUCAAUGUCCGUCGACCAUGUCAAGAAGGUCUUCGUGGUUUGGCGGCUUCUGGAAUCGAAUACACUCCAGGCACUGGCACCAGAAAGAUCCUGCCUAACGCUGAAGUCAUCUCUUGCCCCACCGAACAAACGUGUACCGUGAAGUCGGCCGAAAGUCAGCUUCAGCUAGCCAUAGAACGUCCUUCUGAACACGAUCUGGCUUCGACCAAGAAGUGUGGCAUGAACCUGGAGACUUUGGAGCUGUUACCUCGAGGUGAUAACACCAGAUCAGUUGUGUUAGGAAAGGACGGUAAAGCCAAGGAGUUGUUGUUAGAUUCAGAUGAGAAUUUGGACAAAGACACCAAGGUCGAGGAAUCAGAAGAAGAUGACGAUGAGGAGGAUGAGGAUGUGAGCUCAUUGACACCGAGUCAAUUGGAACAACAGAAGUAUGUGUUUGAUGGUAAGACAACAUCAGUUGUUGUGCCACCAUCUACCGUCAAGGAAAUCGUGCCACAAAAGUUCUCUCUGACCUUCUCCAUGAAGCACGCCAGAGGAAACAAGGCUGAGCAACAAGUCAAACAGAACAUUCUGUGUGAAACUGAUAAUGAUCGUGAGUUUUAUUAAAAUUUUCAUUAUCGUAUGUUUAAAUAUCUUGGGUUUUAUAUUGUAACUCACCCAUUUUUUAACUUUUCCUUACCAUUUUCACCUACGUCAAUAUAAACUUUAACAUAAAAUUUCCAGACCUGAACCGCCACCACUUCGCCGUCUACAUCCGCCACUGCAAGUUGGAGAUGUUGUUGAGAAGAGAAGCCGAACAUGCAUCACAAAACUUCCGCGCUGCCGAAUGGAGAUGGGCAUUGCCAGAGGUUUGCGACGAUGAAUGGCAUUCGUACGCCAUUUUGUUCCACGACUUGGACAACGUGGUACUAAUGGUCGAUGGAAACAAGUACGAGAACACCGAAAGGAACCCGGAAAUCUUGGACGACUGGCCGUUGCACGAGACUAAGUGGCUGGUAAGAUUGGUUUUCUUGGAUUUGGGUAUUGAAUUAUAUAAAGGAUGGUAGAAAAAAUUGAUAAAACGUGAAAUUUUGAAACCUUUUGUUAACUUUUUGGCUUGAAAUAUUAUUUUAGCCUACUACAAUAUAAUUUAAAACAAUUCUUUUAGACUUUUUACAAAUUUUUAACCUAUAAACAUCAUUUUAACCUACUACAAUAUAGUAUACGAAAUUCUUUUUUAAUUUUUCAAACUAUUUUUAACCUUUCUGAACCUAAUAUAAUAUAAACCUUUUCAGAAGACCAAGAUGGUCGUAGGAGCCUGCUGGCACGGACGUACUGAGCAAAUGGUCCAAUUCUUCAAGGGCCAUCUGACCUCAGUAUACCUCCUCCCAGGCAAAGUUGAAAGCGAAAUGGCAGUUCAAUGUCUCCAUCAACCUAAGGAACGUCUCCGCUUCGAAGCGGUCGAUGAACUGGUCCCAGGAGAAACCGCUGCCUUCGCUGAACAACAAACCCGCCUCACCUUGACCUCCAACACCUUGGAAGACUUGUCUUUGUUGUUACAGAAGGUCGAGUACAUCAACUCUGACCCCACUCUGCCAGGCAAACGUCGUUUGACUAUCAAGUCCUCUGCCAAGUGUACCAAUGGAGAGAAACGUGAUCUAGGCACGUUCGAGACCAGCAUUCAAGUCAAGAACGAACAAGCCCCGAUCUUAUCCAUCUCCGGCCAAAACCUGAUCAACACUGACCGCAAAUCCCUCAAAUUGGGCACAGUUAUGGUCCCAGACGUUCAAAUCACGGUGGUCAAGAACAACGGCGACAAGGAUGUGGAUGUGACUUCUCAGCACAAGAUCGACUGGUGCAAAGUUCAUCUGAAGCCGUCGCGCGACAUGGACCUGGAGUACUUCUCCUCACCGGCCGCCUUGAUCGCUUCUUUGAACAUUGACUUCGAACACGAUUCAGAAGGCAUCUUGUUGAAGGGAGAAGAGUCGAUCAGCGGCUACAGAGAGGUAUUAAGCAAGAUCCACUACUUCAACACCAGACCCGAGGCCUACAACAAGAGAAUGUACACCGUGCAGUGCGCCAUGGACAAGGGCAAGCUGUUGAGCAACAAAUUCUUUGUUACCGUGAGUUUUUUGGCUUUGAAGCUGAUUUUGAUACUUAAAAUUAUACUUUAAAUCUUGAAAAAAAAACUGAAAUUUGAUAUUUUAGACAAUUUUAAUACCUAAAGUUCAGUUUUUAUAUUAAAAUGAGGUUAUUUUCUUACUUUAUAUUCCCCUAUUUGACCAACCCCUUACCCAAACCUCAAAAAAUUAUGCAUGCCUUUGUAGAUGUACAUCUCGGACGAAAACAAAGUCGACGACCUGGACGCGGAAGCCCGCAUCUUGACCAAAAACACCGAAGCACAAGAUAUUCGCGAGUUCGGUAAACAAUUCGAGCCCUCGGCGUUUGACCAGCUCGGCGCCAACCGCCUUCAAAACAUCCUCGAGAUGGACCUGCCUCGGCCCAAAGCCCUGUUGUCGCAUCACGGCUACGAAAUGGGACAAGGCGCGGUGGCUGGAGGAGCGGUCGCGAUCGUUGUCGUGAUCUGUGUCGGCUUCUUGUUGGUAUUGUUGGUGGUGGGAGUGCUGAAGAUGCGCGAUACUCCAAUCCCAAGGCCACGAAGACGCCAGAGGAAAAUGGCUACGGUAAGAUUUUUUUAAAUGUGUCAGAUUGAAAAAAAAAUAAAAAUUUUAAAAAAAUUUCAUGAAUGGACCAAAAUAUUAAAAAAUUAUUUUCAGAUGCAAGAAGGCAUGGAAUGGGAUGAUGGAGGCAUGAACAUCACCGUGAACCCAUUAGAAGAUGUUGAGAAACAAGAACAAGAAGUUUACUCGGAAGAAGAAGACGAGAGCUCGGACGAUGGUGAAAGGUAAUAUUGGCUGCAUUAUGCUUACGAUGGCUAUUUUAAAUUUGAAUUUAAUAUCUAAAAAUUUCGAUUUAAACUUUUUUUAUCAAUUCCAUGCGGUAUAUUAUCUUCUACUACACUGUCCUGCCCUACGGUACCCUACCUUACCCUAUCAUUCCCUACUCUACCUUACUUUUUUCUACCCUACCCUGCCCUAUUCUAACUUACCGUACUAUUCCCUGCCCUACCCUACUCUAUCCCACUCCACCUUACUUUACCUUAAUCGAACCUACCUUACCCUACUUUAUCCUAAUGGAUCCCUUUAACAAAUCCGUCUCCAGACCUACCGUAAUCGCUUGACGUCGCUGGUAAUCCUAGCUUUAACUUUUGCCCUAAAGCAGAUUUGAUUCUUCGUUCUCACACGGAUUGUAACUUCCUUGUGUGACUUUUUGUUUUAAUGACGCAAAUCCAUCUUUAGUCCUUAAAUUGCUCAAGCACGUUUUAAGAAAUGCACCGUACUUGGCUGUUCUUGAAACAAAUUGAAUAUUUUUUCAAAUUCAAAUGAAAAAAAAAUAAAUUUGAAUUUUUUAAAAAUUGAAAAUUUCAAAAAUUCGAAAAUAUGAAUUAAAAAAAUGUGUACCAUCUUAUAGUACCAGCUUAUACAUAUAUAUAUACAUGUUUUAGCUACCACGAUGAAGACGAGAUGAGUGAAGAAGAGGAGGAAGAGACCUCGCCUGCCCUACCCCACGCCGCCUCGAAGGGCUUGGAAUGGGACGAUGAUGGUACUCUAACACAAAGUGUAUCACGCACCUACCGCGUCUAA